AUGGCCUCGUCGAUCCUUCACUACCCCCGAUCGUCGAUUCUUAGACCACAGCAUCACACCAACUCUUCCGCAACUCGCCUCGAUAGUAACUUACUGCGUUCCAAUCUUGUACCUGUGCGGAAGCCUUUCAAGGUGCAAGCCAGCAGCAGUAGCAGCAUUACCAGCCGUCAAGACCGGCGCAACUGUAUCAAUGGCCAAAUUUCCUCGAAACCCUCGACAUUUCCAGGAGAUUUGCAGUCUCACAUCCAAUCAGCAGCUUCGCGGAUUCUCCUUCCAUCGUUGCUCGCGGCGUCGCUUCUUACCACCGAGGCCAUGCUUCCGCCUCAACAGUCUGCUGAGCUGGCACCGCUGUCUGGCGCAGCAGUGGAACGUUUGGGUGAUGCGACAGAGAUAUUUCGCGGACCUGCAGCUGACGUGGCAGGGGUGGGCCUGCGGUGGUCAGGGUUAGGGUUACCAUUGGGAGGUAUCGGCACCGCGCGUGCAAACGGAUUGCUGCAAAUGCCGCCUACUGAGCUGAAAAACACGUACUACUUAGUAAGAGCAGGCGAGUCAGAGUGGGAAGCGCUUGGGCUAAUUCACACCAACCCCGUAGACAAGACCAACGUGCAGAGUGGUCUAUCAGGGGAGGGGAAGAAGCAGGCGGUGGAAGCUGCCAGGAAGCUGCGCAAGAUGGACGCCUGCGGUGGAGGGUGCUGGAUCUGGCCGUCCAUUUCCCAGCGGGCGUAUCAGACGGCUGAGGUCGUUGCUUACGUAAACGGCGCGGAUUACAGCCGCAUCGUGCCAGAGUACAGCUUCCUGGACGCCAGAGGACUGGGGGCGUUUGAAGGACAGCCUCUUGAGAUGAUGAGCGAGAUCUAUUUGGAGGAUUCUGUGUCGUCCCGCUGGCGCCCGCCGGCCUUCACUGACGGCACGCCCCACGAGAGUGUAGCAGACGUGCUCGUGAGAGUGACGCAGCUCAUGUCCAUCCUCGAGACGCAGUAUUCCAGAGAUGCCGUUGUGAUUGUGUCGCCGGAUUCCGACUGCCUCUCCGUGCUACAAGCUGCCCUCAUUGGCAAGGACCUCAGGAGUCACAGCGACUUGUACUUUCAGCCUGGGGAGGCCCAUGGCCCUUUGACAUCUUGCCUUCAAUAUAUCACCAGACCCCGGCCCAGCCUCUGCCCCCACCUGGCCGUUUCCUUGUACGCUCCCUGCCACUCGCUCCCAAUGGUGCUCCUCAACGAUGCUCGCAACUCGCUCCCCAACGAUGCUCGCAACUCGCUCCCCAACGAUGCUCGCAACUCGCUCCCCAACGAUGCUCGCAACCCGCUCCCCAACGAUGCUCGCAACUCGCUCCCCAACGAUGCUCGCAACUCGCUCCCCAACGAUGCUCGCAACUCGCUCCCCAACGAUGCUCGCAACUCGCUCCCCAACGAUGCUCGCAACUCGCUCCCCAACGAUGCUCGCAACUCGCUCCCCAACGAUGCUCGCAACUCGCUCCCCAACGAUGCUCGCAACUCGCUCCCCAACGAUGCUCGCAACUCGCUCCCCAACGAUGCUCGCAACUCGCUCCCCAACGAUGCUCGCAACUCGCUCCCCAACGAUGCUCGCAACUCGCUCCCCAACGAUGCUCGCAACUCGCUCCCCAACGAUGCUCGCAACUCGCUCCCCAACGAUGCUCGCAACUCGCUCCCCAACGAUGCUCGCAACUCGCUCCCCAACGAUGCUCGCAACUCGCUCCCCAACGAUGCUCGCAACUCGCUCCCCAACGAUGCUCGCAACUCGCUCCCCAACGAUGCUCGCAACUCGCUCCCCAACGAUGCUCGCAACUCGCUCCCCAACGAUGCUCGCAACUCGCUCCCCAACGAUGCUCGCAACUCGCUCCCCAACGAUGCUCGCAACUCGCUCCCCAACGAUGCUCGCAACUCGCUCCCCAACGAUGCUCGCAACUCGCUCCCCAACGAUGCUCCUCCCUAA